AUGGCGGUCGGCAUCGUCGAGAGUUCUCUGUCCCAGUACCAAGCGACGUUCCCUUGCCGUAUCAACGCUGACAACAACCGGUUUGAUGACCUCGUCCUGGCCUUGAAGGACGCUCUGGGCCCUUGCUCCGGCCUCACUUCGGACGACGUCGAUGUCGAGCACCUCACGCGAUUGAUGCGCGAGUAUGACUCAGACCCGAGAGAGUGGUCGAAGUACGCCAUGGGCGAUGAGAGCCGGGGUUACACGAGGAACCUGGUUGACGAAGGAAAUGGGAAGAGCAACCUGCUUGUUCUCGUUUGGUCGCCUGGCAAAGGUAGUCCGAUCCACGACCACGGCAAUGCCCAUUGCCUGAUGAAGAUCCUCCGGGGAAACUUGACAGAAACAAGAUAUGCCUUCCCGGAGAACAAGGCCGAGGCGCCGAUGCGCGUGAUAUCUGAGAAAGUACACCAGGAAAACGAGGUGGCGUAUAUGGCGGAUGAGCUGGGCGUUCACCGGGUGCGGAAUCAGGGCAGCGACUUCGCUGUCUCCCUUCACUUGUACACUCCGCCCAACGUCGCCAAAGGAGGAUGCCACAUCUUCAAUGCUGAAACGGGGAAGAAGAGCCAUAUUAAGAACUGCGGAUACUACUCCGCCUAUGGGAAGAAGCUGUAAUGAGACUGGAGUUGUGAAAUUGGUUAUGUCUGGGGUGUGGUGUGAAUUGCCGCGAGCAAUGCUGACGGUUCUGGGAUGUGCAAACGGCCAAACUAUAAUGAGAAUGAAUACUUCCCUUCUACCUUGUAAGCACAUCCUCAAAUGCUCAACUGGUCGUGAGGAUAUGGGUGCUGUGAUCUGGCGACUCUUCCCAAAGAGGAAAUGGAAUUCGUUGAUGUGUGGGCUCGCAGCGAUGUGACGGUCGGCUUCGGUCAAUUGACAUCGUAGAACCACGAACACGACACCGGUGGAAUCCUCAGGAGGAGUUCACGAUUCUUAUAGCACAUAGAGCAUGAGAAUGGC